AUGUUCCCCGAGGCAGCCGACAUUACCAUGAGUGAUCUCAAGGCUUAUCAAUCAUUUGCAUUUCCAGCUGAGGUUGCAGAUCAGAGUCAUAAUCCUCACUUUGGUCUCGCAAAUGCAACAGCCUGGGUCACCUCGGGUGGCUAUCAACUCUCUCUUUUAGACAAUAACAAUUUGGGAAUUGACGUUGAGGGGCCUGGGAGCGCAAAGAUAUCCGUUCUGCUUCAUUUCCGUGAUUUAAUGAUUGGCCCUGAGUUUGUCGAACAUCCUUAUUUCGACCUCGAGAGUCUAGAGAGCUGGGUCAAUGUGAAAGUCUUCAGCCUUUUUCUGUGUCAAUUCUAUCCGGCUGGAAUGGGGCCGUCUUAUGAACCAACUCGAAGUCGGGCACCGUCUCUUACCCCAUCUGUGCCACCAUCUGAGUCUUCUUGCGCAUCCUCUCCUGGCGCAGUUGAUGAAUCUUCUCAUGCCGCUGCUUCCCGAUCCUCAUCUUCGCUCUCAUACCAUCCUGAAAGCGCACAUAACAGCGAAUUUGCAGACCAAGAUGCGCCUACGCGUGAUGCAAAAGUGUCGAGAGGAAAAGGAAAGGCCACUGGAAUCAAGAUCACCACUCAUAAGAUUGUGAAACAUCUUGUCACAAUGUCGCAGUCACCUCGAACGUGGGACGUGCCUAACCCGGUCGAAGAAACUGCAUACCUCUUGCAUCUCUCGGACUUCGAGUCUCAGCAACUGUUUCACAAGUCAGACAGAUCCUUGAGAGCCAUUGGGAAUUAUAUUUGUGAUGAGUGCUCCGGAGAGCCGAGACUUGUUAAAUUGUCCAAUUUUGGCCACUUUUUCAUCUUAUCAUCGACCAUCUUAUCUUAUCUCAGCACGGAUUAUCUUAUCACGGAUCACGGCAUCAGACAGUCUGGACUAGGGGAUUCCAGGGAUUAUCUCUAUCGAUUCGAGGCUGUGCAACAUAUGCUCCGGAAGGUUCUACUACAACCCAUGACCAGCGUUCCAUGCGCACACGAAUCCACCAUUUCGUACCGAUUCCCAUCGUCAUCUGGGAGUCCAUCCCCUCCCCCCAUCACACCAUCGUCGCCCGAUCUGGCGCAUCAAAACCAACCCGGGCCCUCCAACCCCUACCUCGCCCUUCCGCCGCCUGAAGACGAGUUCCCCGACCUUGGCGAGUUACCCUCCGAACAACCACCCUCGCCCCCACCUACCGCACCUGCUCCUACCAUGUCAGGACAUCACCACAUCACCCUCGCCGCCAAUCCCCCCUACUUCGAUGGCGACAAGUCCAAGUACCUGGGCUUUGUGGAUGCGUGCACCACUUACAUCGGUGCCUAUCAGUCAGAGUUCUCGCUGGACGAGACAAAAAUCCUCUUCGUCCUGUCCUACCUCCGCAAUGAGAGCGGCACAAGCUGCGCCGCCUCAAGAUGGGCGAUGAACUGGAAGCAGCACAAUUUCGAGGGCUUCCAAGGACUAAAGGCGGGAGUCACCGCGACAAGCUUCUUGGAGGAGCUUCAGAGGGCCUUUGGGGAUUCUAACGCAGAGCAAGUCGCUGCCGCCCGACUCAUGGCCCUUCGCCAGGGCAGAUGGUCCUUUGCAGACUACAUCUCCAACUUCGAAAUGCUGGCUGCAGACACGGGGUACAACGUGGUCACCUCAACCGACAACAAGGGCGAAUACAAGAAGGGGGACCAGGACAAUAUCCUCAUCGAGUUUCUUGAGCACGGGCUCAGCAGCAAAAUUGCGAGCCGCCUCUACAACACCAGCGUUCCCCUGCCCAAGGCAUACGGCGCCUUCAAGAACUGGUGUGUCAACAUCGAGGCCAAUGCUUUGCGCGAUCAGCUGCGUAAGGCAUCCUAUGCGCACUCAACUCCGCAGCCUCCCCCCCAAUUCCGCCCUCAGGCUGCAUCAGCAGCACCUGCACCUGCUCCGGCCCGACCAGCGGCCAAUGAACCGGUUCCGAUGGAGAUUGAUUGCACCCACGCCCGCGGCCGCAAUAUCAUCUGCUAUAACUGUCAGCAGCCUGGGCACAUUGCGCGGAACUGUCCGGAGCCCAAGAAGAAGCGCACAUUCUUCAAUCGGGCCACAAUGCUAGAAGAGAUUGAGAACAGGGACAAGGACAACCUCCACUCCUCUAGCCAAGGAGGUGGAGCGUCCGGACUAUGGACAUUUUUCUGUACUUGUUUCGAUUAA